AGUGCGUAGCUACGCGGUUUUUGGCUGAACUCUAAUGUCUGUAGGCAAUGCAGCAUUUAUUGUCAGUCUAUCACAACAGUAGGUAAUUCGUCAGUGCGAUCAUAGUCAUACGCGUCUGCUUACAAGAUUUACUAGCGAACAAGAACACUUUUCACACAUCAUCAAAAUGGAGGACGACGACUUUUUGUUCCGAGAUGAUUUUAGCGAACCGGAAGACUUCCCUCCUCCUUUUCUUGAUGAGGAGCCUUUCCCAGAUGAGCUGUUUGAAGGCGACGGAGGCGGAUUCUCGAAAAAAUAUGCAGCUGCGUCCAAAAAGGAUGCUGUUGCAGCACAGCAGACGUCCGCUGCACCGGGUCCCAAUGGAGCAGCUGAUAUCGGUAAGGAUGCGCCAGGAGCUGGCCCUGAUGACCCGUCAGGUGACAAAAAGGACGCAGCAGACGGCGACGGCGACGGUGAUGAUCAAAAAGAAAGCGAGUGGCAGCCGUUCCAAUACGACGGUAGCGAAGACGCUGUACUGCCAGGAGAUAGGGAUUUGUUAUUUGGGCCAGUACGCGACGAUAAGGACCUGGAUCGGCUGCGGAAGCUAGAAAUGAAGAAUCUAGACCGCGAUGCAACACUCUUGCACGAGCGCCCAGCCAACCUCGUGGAUCUAUGUCCGAAGACGCGUGCGAUGUGCUACGGUCAAACUGCAGCCUCUUUCUGCUUCGCAAAGGCCAAUGACGUGGAGACCAUGCUCGAUGCCGUACCGAAGUACUUGAUCACAAAACAAAGUAGACGUGAUACUCAAUCUUGUUCAUGUUUUAUAUAUAAUAAAUUGUACCUUCAAGCCCGAUGAAGCAAAACAAAGUAUAGGUUCGCACUAGUGACUUCUGACUUUCUAGCAAGUUGAAUCUUCAGUUAUGGAGACCUUUACGUUUACGUCUCGGACAUAAAGAAAUGAAACAAACACACAGUGAUGCUGAUGAGAUAGAGACUGCAAGCGUGCCCGUCGCUGUCGGAAACGAGCAAUCUGGCGACUCUAGUUCCUCGUCUGCGUUUCACGGAAAACUUGUGGGAAACUUCCUUGCGAAUCUGGACGACUUUGAGGCGAAGCGGGAAAGACGGCACGCCGCUCUAGAGGCUACGCAGAAGAAGCGAGCUGCCGAUCGGCGCCAGGUCGCAAGAGCAAAAAGUGCACAACACCAAUCCCGAGGUCUUUGGGUAGACCGCUAUGCGCCACGCGGGUACCUUGAUCUCAUUUCUGAUGAAAAUACGAACCGCAUCGUCCUCGAGUGGAUAUCGGCGAUCGAGAAAAUAAACUACGGCCAGAAACUUGCUGGUACUACUUAUGAUUUAUCAUAAUAUCGAUACAGCAUCGAAAGAAAGACAUUGACAUUCUUGAUGGCCCCCGGCGUAACUGAUUUAUUUACAGUAACAAUAAGGUGUGAAAAGGAAAGCAAUCUCAUCAUGCUCAUCAUGAUCAUGUUCUCCUCGACAGCAAGUACGGGUGAAAAGCUCGUGUGGAAGCCUUGGGGAUAUCAGAAAGUAGCCCUGGAGAACAAAGAUGAAAAUGCCGACCACGAUGUGCCUCGAAUAUUGCUGCUUGGCGGGCCUCCCGGUGUCGGGAAAACGACACUUGCUAAGGUAAACUUGCAUCUUAAUGUCUUUCUUCGGACUACGCUAAUCUUAUCUAAACACAUAGUUAUGUGUAAGUAAUUGGCUUCAUUGAAAGAAAUUGAAUGAUAUAACGAACUAGGGAGGCAUUGAUUAUUUGCAGACAAAAUCUUUUGAAGUCCUAACUUCUGCUUAGGUACUCGGGCGUCUGAAGGGGUAUCGAGUCGAGGACACGAAUUGUUCCGAGCUUCGCAAUGCAGGCGAGAUGGUCGAGCGUGUGAAGAAGGUGUGCUCCAUCGGUGAACAAUACGACGAAGCCAAAUCUCGCAAGAGGCAACGCGGGGACGCGGCACCGGUCUUCGAAAAUGGCGUACUCCUUUCCGAAAAGGAGAUCUGGAUGCGCGAAAACAAAGCUCCGCUUCUCAUUUUGGACGAGAUCGAUGGUAUCUCGAAGUCGACCCAGGGUGACGGCUCGAACAAAACUAUUGCGGGUUUGCUGAAACUCAUCGAGCAGGACCGUAAAGAACCGGAUUGCACACGUUGGCAGAUCCGUUCGCCCAUCAUUGCGAUCUGCAACGACAUGAAGAGUUUAUGGAAACAAGGAAAUACCUGAUUUCAGCGCCCGAUAGCUCGCCCUCCACUAGAAUCCUCCACCUCCUUCGAGGAUUUCCUUCGCCAAGACGCGCCUCCCCCGCUCCUCUUCCGCCAGCUCGCGGCGCUUUCCUGGCGAAGUGGUCCGCGCCAGAGGAGUCGGAACAGAGGCGCCGCGGGAUUUAAAAGAGGGGGCCGCUUCUGUCUCUGAGGUUUUUGAGAUGUCUCAGGGUGUGCCUGCUUUUGAAUUUAGUGCAGGGCUUUGCUUGGGAGUCUUGAGCGCGAAGCUUCGCGCGUAAGUCUUUGAGGUGGAGACUUGGGGCGAGAUUGAUGGAAGCUUUUGGCUUGCUGCUUGAAGCUCGCGACCGCUUGCAGUGUGAAGAUUUGAGCUUCGGCAAAGCUCGAGGCGUAGAGCCUUUGACUUUGAAGCUUUGGACUUGCAAGCUGAAGCUUUGGACUCGAACGAAGUGCCGGGCUUGAGGGGUUCUGCCUGAAGUCUUGGAUCUGAGACCUUUGGUCUGAAUUCCUCAAAUUCAAAAACUUUUGACUUUAGCAAGCUUGCCCGAAGCCCAGUUUAUUGGAUUUGAAAAGUUUCCGACUUUGGCGAGCUUUUCUGAAACAGAUCCAAUCUCUUGGAUUUGAAUCCCUCAAAUCCAAAAGCCUUCGGCUUUAAAGAGUCGCGCCGGGAUUCAACUUCUUGGAUUUCAAUAUGCCAAAUCCCAAAACUUUUGGACUCUAUUCACAUUCAGCAAGCUUUCCCAGAGUUCAACUCCUGGGAUUUCAAUCGCCCAAAUCCGAAAACUUUUGACUUUGCCAAGCUUUCGCGCGAUUCAAUUUCUUGGGUUUCAAUUUCUAAAAUCCAAAAACUUCGACUUUAGCAAGCUGGGCCGAAGGUUCAACCGCUACCCGGGGCCUGAAUUCCUCAAGUCCGAAAAUUUUUGACUUACACAAGGUUCGCCGAGAUUCAAUCUCCUGGCUUUUAGUUUAUCAAACAAAUCCAAAAACUCUCGACUUUGCCAGGCUUUUCUGAGAUUCAAGCUCCUGGACUUGAUUCGCGAGCUUUGGCAAAUUCAUAAACUCACAAACCCACAAAUUCCAAAACUCAUAAAGUCGGAAACUCAGAGACCCCGACACUCGUAAACUCAUAAACGCACAAACUCACAAACUCAGAAACUCAGAAACUCGCAAACUCGCAAACUCGCAAAUUCGUAAACUCGCAAACUCGCAAAUUCGCAAACUCGUAAGUUCCUAAAUUCAGUGCCCGGCGACGCUGCUACUUCGACACUGGGAUGCAACCGCUGCUCCGCCUGGAGAGCUUCGCUGCUCUGACUUCAGCCUAGGCACUGCUUUGCGCAGAUGCCACACCUAUGCGCCUAAGCUCGCGCCUGAGACUCACCCUGGCCCCUACCUUGGUCGCAAGUGCGCACGAUGCUGGGUCGCCGAUGCCUUACACACCUUAAAGCAAGCCCAAUGGAAAGCUGAGGAGUUAGAGACGCUCCGCGAGUUUCGUUCUGGAAGAACGGAAUUCGCCAAGCUCUGCUUUCACUAUGAAGACGCCGACGAUCCUGAGGAGCUCAGUACGGUGAUGGCAACCGCCGUGGAGUUUGGGUAUGCGGCAGCUACUGACGGCACUGACGCCGCGGCGGCCUCUGUAUACUUUCAGGGUGGAAAAGGAUACCUCGCCGCCACUGCGUGGCGCGGAGACGUCUCGGCAUAUGACGUCGAAAGGGUAGCACUCUACCAAGCCCUCCAGCACGUGGCAAAGCAUGCCACUCCCCCGCCUGGUGGCCCCGGUGCUGCACAUGCGGAACCACUUCGCCUAUUCCUCGGCGCGCUUUCCCUCGUCGAGUAUGUGCAUCGCCUUAAACGCACUGGGGGACAUAUCGGGCUUGCUGAUCGACAGGCGCUGGCAGCGCUCGCCGGCUUAUGCGAGUUGUUUCCUGCGGUGCACGUCUAUCAUGUGCGCAGUCACGUGGGCUACGUACUGAGCGAGCUUGUCGAUGGCGCCGCCAACAUCGCCUGCACCACUCACGCGCCCACCGCGGGGGAGUGGAGACCACCUAUGCCAGAUGAAGAGGUAAAAAGCCGCGUCAUGCGCCUCCUCGAGAUGCAAGAGCUCGACCUUCUGACAGCAUUAGGGGGCAACGUUGCUGGCCCAAGUGAGAGUGGCCUCAUCGUCGGGAGCUUCCUCCAGUGGACGCGAGCCGAGGCGCGCAAGCUCUGGACAGAGUUCAGCCGCAACGGGGACGACCGGCCGGCCCAGGUACUCGCUGCCUCCAUCUUGGGCGCAACGAGAUUCAAGCAAGCAACUGGGGACGGACUCCCCCCAGUACGCUGCUGCCGAUGCUUCGCUGAGCAUGACACGAUAGAGCAUCUGCUAGAGUGUCACGCAGUGGAAAACGUCCAGCGCUUGCGCACUCCGCAGCCCGCUGCAGACCUCUACCGCUACCUUGCUCUAGAACACGACUGCCCCGAUGUCCACGCGUAAGCUCUUGGCAACGCUGCGGCCUUCAUCCAGCGCUCUCCCUACCUCCACAAUGGACGCACGUCGAACAACCUGCCCGCGGCCUCCUCCCCGGGAUGCAUUCCACCCGGGGAGGCAGGUGAAAACAUCAGUCGCACUCCGCUGAUGACCGGAGCACAGGCAGCGCCGUGUGGUGGCGCUCCGGCUUGGAGAAGUAAACUGCCCCGCGGGCACAUUCCCUCCUCCGAGUCUCUUGACGAGACUUACGACCCAGCGGACGACGCUGCAACAAGUGGGCCCUUGGUUGUAGUACUUGGCCGCUACGCAACUUGCUUCGUGGACGCGCCUCCGUAGAUCGUGGGCACGGUAGAAGCUAGCGCCUCGUCCUUGUCAAAAUGCUCGCUGGCUCCGCCCCGAGUGUGCAGACAGCCUCAGGGAGCGCCUGCGCGCUCAUGGAGGUCAAACAGUAUCACCCUGUUGGUCGGCUCGGCGCCGAGGGUGGCAGACUCUGGCUCGCCUGCAAGCCACGGGAACCCCACCCCCAGGAGGGUCCGCAAGUUUAGCCUUAGCGCGACUGUCUGGCGAACCCCCUCAAUAAUGAUAAUAAUAAUAAACUUGUAAGUUCUUAAAUUCAUAAACUCCAUCGUAAAUUCCUAAAAAAAUUCCUAAACUCUUAAACUCUUAGCCUCCUUAAAUUCGUAAAUUCAUUCAUAAAUUCCGAAAUAAAUUCACAAACUCCUAAAUUAGUAAAGUCAUAAACCCUUAAAUUCAUAAACUCAGAAAUUCACAAAUUCAUAAGUUCGUAAACUCAUAAGUUUCUAAAUUCGUAAGUUCAUAAGUUCCCUAAGUUCAUAAGUUCAAAGGUGAAAGCGUGAGAGUUUGGGGCUUGGGGUUUGGAAGCGGGAGAGUGAGAGUUUGGAGGGGGUCGCUGUUGUUUUUUAAUUUAGCUCUUUAGUAUUAGCAUCGCACACACCUAGCAAACGCAAAUUGUGUGCGCUUUACAGUUUCAUCAAAAGCAGCAAAACCUUAAUGAAGACAUUCCUGCUAAAGUGUGUCUCUUGUUUGUGAACACUCGGACUGGUUAUUUUUACCCUCAAGGUGAUGCGUUUUUUUAGAUAAUUCCCGGCUUGUUUCAGUUGUGCAAAUCGUGACGGUUUUGCAUGUUUCUCGUGCGGUUGUAAAGUUGUCAAAUGUGUGGGCCUUCUUGCUCAUCAGUAACACCAUAAGGAUCCACAUCAUUGGCGUGGUAUUUCAGUGCUGUGACCUUUGUCACCAUGGGACUGCAAUGAAUUCCAUCGCGUCCAUGUUCUUGAUGAUCCUCAUAUUCAUGACAUUACUAGGCUCGCCAUCUUCAUCUUUUUCGUCUUCUUAUUUCUAUCAUUUGCAGAACAGGGGAACUGGGUCACCCCUCACUUUCUAGUAGAAGUGCACUCUUUCCCUCUUUCAUAAGCGAAAGCUUUGGUAGACUUGAAAAAGUACGCCCAAGUUGUGGAAAUUGAGGGUAGUGCGAAUGCCAAGUUGCGAAAUCGAUUGCGCGAGAUCAUGAAACGGGAGCAUGUGAAGAUUCAAGAGGGGGCCUUGGUCGAUUUGGUCCGUGAGUGCGGAGCGGACAUUCGAGCGUGUCUCAAUGCCCUUCAACUCUUGUCCGCGAGUCACAGUUUCAUCGACAAUUCGAUCGUCCGAGAUUAUCUUAGCCAGGGCACACUGAAGGAAGAACAUCUACAAAUCAUAGAUCUCUAUCGAACAGUGCUAAAGCCGCAUAGCGCACGAAAAACGCGCGUGGUGCCAAAGCUACUGCAACAGGCACGCGACUUCGAUUUUCGACCUGUGGCCACGGUACCUACUCCUUAAAACAAAUAUUCUGAAUGCAGCACCAUCCCUGUAUGCUUCAUGUUGUUGUGUACUCCGUUGAUAGCUAAUUAGAAUUUUGUGCCAGGAGCGUGGGCUAUGUAAGAUUCUUACCAUUUCCUUGUGUUCACGCUUAGGAUUUUCUGCGGCAUGCCUUUGGCGUUGUCUUCCGAAAUCGUGCGGAAAAAACGCGAGGUGCGCUGGAGAGAUUUUCUUUCUGUGAAGCGACCGAUUCCCUUGGCUUCCGACGAAACGCGUGGGAAUUGAAGACCUAUUCCCUCUCUGGACCACUGCUCUAUGCGUCACAACACUGUGCGCCCGAAAGCAACGAUCGGCGAUUUCGAUUGCGCCAGCGAUGGCAGGACAAACGCUUCGACACGUUGGAGAGGCGUCGAGUAUUCGAAGGGCUCUUAGAACGUGUCCGAAAGCCCCCGAAGGAAAUCAAGACGGUAGCUGAACUAAUGGGGCCAUCAGCAGCUGCAAGCUUCGAGCAGGCGAUGCUCGCGCGUGGAGAUAACGAUGUGGCGCUCACUGGACUCCACAUCGUGCGCAAGUCGAGCUCGGCCGCAGACGCAAAUGCAAAAGCCAGUGGAGGGAAAGAUCCAGCAUUGUUUGCCGGUCCAGGUGGGCGACUAUCCACCGCGAUUGCGCAACAAAUCACGCAACAGAAUCAGCCACGCCAUGCUCAGAAGAUCGCUGCCGCAACGAAAAAAGGAGCUGCUGGGGGAGCAAAGCCGACGGGCGGGCAACUAGCGUCGGACCAUCGACUCUCGUUUGCUACCUACACGAAGAUCAUGGCUGUACGCAACUACCGACUGGCACACUCGACGCUUUCGUUCCGCUCUCGGGACCUCGCGUUCAUGGCACUCUGCGUAAAGCCAGAAGAAACUUUUGAGUGGCAUAGGAAAGAGCGCUCAGUGGAGAGCCGCUUUCCGGACUCCACGCAUCAGCUACAACCGUUGGAAACCUCGGUGCGGCUCAUGUGCGACUCGUUCUGCAAGUGGCAACACGACGAAUGGGCGGACAAAACCUAUCUUCAGCCUUGCCUAACGCAGCUUGCCUAUCCUUACAUUAUGCUUUCUGUCUGGGUGUUGGUCAAUGAAUAACUACAAUUAGUGAUGACUGAGACACACGAUAUUGUUUCUAGCGACUGCUAUCAGGUACGGCGAGAGAGGUUUAUGUGAAUGCUGUCGAUCUUCGUUUCACUGAUGAUUCCCCUGUCCCCUACAAGUAGCAAUGCGAUCCUGCAAAUAUCCCACCUUCAUUCUUUACAACGUUUAUGAUGAGGAUCUCAGCACCAUUCUGGAGGAGAAAGUUCAGGCUUCUAGACGGCGGAAGAUGGACAUCCGAAACGCAAUAUUUCAGAAGGAAAGUGAGAACGAAUGCAAGAUGCGGCUGCAAAUUGCAGUGGAGGACCUCAAUGCGAAAGGGCGCAUUCGCAAGGAGAUGCAGAGGAAACGCGCAUCACGAGAAGCGUUGAUAAAAGAGAGAGGUAAGACUAAGACAUAGAUAAGUUUUGGGUGUUUAUCUUUCAAUUAUUCAGGAUGCAGCUCGUAUUUUCGUGACUAGGAAACUAAGAUUUCAUUCUCAUUUAUAGCAACGAACGAAGAAACGCAAGUAUUGCAAAUUAUCGUCUUUCUCCAGCUUCGUUACUGCAAGCGGGUGCGCCUGCGGAGCUGCUGCAGUUGAAACGGAAGACUAAAAACAAUAACGAUCCAGAGAAGCCGGAAAAAGAAGUGUGGGCGAUGUUUGCAAAGGCGGACAAGGGCAAAAAAGAAGGCGCAACAGGCGCAAAAAGGCCGAAAGUCAACAAAGCUCCUGUGUGGCUACAGUAUCUCGAUGGACACACAAAAGCUGUCUAUCGGCCGAUAAAAAUGGCGAGAUUUUUGUCCGACUAGAAUACUGAUGCUCUUUCUGUUUAUCCUUCUCAAACUACUUCACAAGCAAGACUGUUGCCUCUCUUCUUCUUGUACUUUCCUUGUCAUCUUCUCUUCGCAAAUUUUCAACUGCGCUCCAGUAUUCCGUGUAUUCUCAGACUUUUCCGUUUUCGCGCGGUUGGGCAACAGUGCGC